AUGGAAUCUUCUCCACGUCGGCUCUCUUUGGGCAUUGUGGCUGGCGUUAAACGUCCUGCCGCUUUGCUUCCUGCGUUUGAGCCCAUGAGUUCAUCCCCCUCUCUUCCUCGGGCUCAGAAGCGUGUAGCUCGCGAACCCUCCAUCUCGACCUACCCAACCCCCGUCCCUACCUCGUCGACUAAUAUUAUGUCAUCGUCCCCACCUGGAAACGUCGUUGGCCGCUCUACGACGCGUCGUAUUUUCUCUGCUGCCUCGGAACGAACCCCAUUGUCGACCGUGCCUACGCUGAUGUUGCCGGAGAAUGGCGAACCCCUUCUGAUGGGCCGAUCUAGCGUUUCGUGUCACCAUCAGCUUGCUGCUAGCCGAAUGAUCUCUCGUGUUCAUGUCAAGGCAACCUUCAAGCCGGCUCCGAACCCUUUUGAUCGUGAGAGAGUGGAGAUAAUGUGCAUGGGUUGGAAUGGAGUUAAGAUUCACUGCCAGGGGAAAAAGUAUGAUCUGGCUAAGGGCAAGACUUUUACCUCGGAUAUUAAGGAUGCAGAUAUCAUGAUUGACGUGCACGAGGCCCGGGUGCUAGUUCAAUGGCCUCGCCAAGAUAGUGAUCGAAAGGACUGCCCGUCGACUGACUCGGAGCAGACCUGGGACGAAAGCACUCCUACCCAGAAAAAGCACUCGCGAAGAACAUUGCAGGACAGCCCUUUCAUGGACAAGCCUUUGUCCUUUCCUGCUUCUCCAUCUUCUACUGCAUUGCGGGCUAUACCUCCUUCGUCGCCUAUCUUUGCACUCUCUCGAGCCCGUGAUGCUGUGGUGGUUUACGAAGACGCCCCAUCAUCCCCAUUGAAACGACACAACACUGUCAUUGGACUUACUUCCCAAGGUGUUUGUCAUAACCGUCGAGGUAGUUCAAUUCUCGACAGCGACCUGGGUAGACACGACGAAGAAUCUGACAACGAUGAGGAGAAUGAUCCCAUUAUCCACUCAUUCGGGCCUUUCGGUGAAAACCUGCUUCCUCGCAUGGCCUCGUUCCGUGCAAAUGACUCGCCCAUUCGCUCUUCCUUGUCCUCUCAACGCAUUAUGUCGGGCCCAUCUCUGGAGCCCACCCAGUCCGUGAAGGAAUCAUCCGAGGUCCCUGAAUUCAAGGAGACUAGUCCUAUUGAAGAGCUGUCUCAACAAAAGGACGAAAACUAUGAGCGUGUCCGAAACCAUGCCGCGAAUCAGCUUGCGUUCUCUCGUCUGUCCUCGACUCCUUUUUCUACCAUCCUGAAUAACCUGCCUCCUGCCUACUGGAGGUCUAGUGUUAGUAAGCAAUCUGGCCUGUCGCGUUCGGAAAUUCGCUUCAUUCUUGAGAACACCAAGUGCAUCGGCAAGGUUGCUCGUGAGGGCAAAGAUGCUGCGGGAAAGCCUCUCGAGAGCGAGUACUAUUACAUACCAGACGAUGAUGAUGACGAGAUGCGUCGUGGAGCAGUUGUCAAUGAUCUCCGAAAGCCUGGACUCCGUAACUGCCGUAAGCAGCACAAGCAAUACUUUUGGCGUAAGCCCAAAUAG